AUGAGAAUUGUCCCUCUCUUUCCACUCUUUUCAGCGGCACUAUGCCUUGCGACAGCCAACCCCUCCCAGCCGGCUUCUUGUGGCCCCGAUGAGGCAGUGCUGUUCCUGAACAAUGGCACCACCACUACUGUCCGCAAAGCUGACCUGGCCUCGCACCUACAAGGCCUUGACUACCUCUCGCCGGAAGCAGCCAAAAACACUCUUCCGCGGCUGAUUAAUUCGAAUGCCUUCCCAUCCAACCUCACCAAGCGGGGAUCCAGUGCUGAGCUGAUCAUUCCACUUCCUGACCUCGACUUCCUCGGCUGGGACGUGGCCAUGUCAACCAUCGUGCACGCCAAUCAAGCCGCCGCCACCGUUGCCAUUGCAGCCGGCCAAUCGAUCGCCAACAGCAUCACUACCGGCGUCUCUGCCGACCUCACCCUGGUUAAGGAUUUUCUGUCUAUCUCCACCAGCAUCAGCUACCAAGAGACAACAACCAGCACGGUAACCGGUACGGUUACCAUGACCAUCCCGGCGAACAAGUGGGGAGCGAUUGUGAGCAACCCCUUGACCCAUCGGAAGAGAGGCUAUGUCUUCACUGGUCAGCCGGGAAGUGGCAAAUUCGAGUACUACCAGGCAGAUUCAUUCAAUGAUGCGAGCUUCAACCUUGAGGGGGGAACGCUAUCUUGGGUUAAGGGAGUGGUGACCACUUGCUCGGGCGAGACAUAUCCACUGGCGAGUAUCAGUAUCGCCUUCUUUUUGUCUGUUCUAGUCCUCUCUGUAAUCGAACGUUCACUUUUGUUCUGCUACAUUGAUCGAGUUCUGUCACUUGACCCCGGCUUCUCGACUGGUAUCGCGAAUCUCGCUGUGAUGUCUCGACGCGCCACGCCGUCUCAGGCUGCUCAAAAUCAGCAGAUUAUCAAGAGCCUGCUAAAACUUGAACAAAACAAGACGUGUGCCGACUGCAAGCGCAACAAGCAUCCGCGAUGGGCAUCAUGGAACCUGGGCAUCUUCAUUUGUAUCCGUUGCUCGGGCAUUCACCGGGGCAUGGGUACCCAUAUCAGUCGGGUUAAAUCCGUCGACCUUGAUGCAUGGACGGAUGAACAACUUCAGAGCGUUGUGAAAUGGGGCAAUGCUAGGGCAAACAAAUAUUGGGAAGCCAAGUUGGCGCCCGGCCACGUCCCGUCCGAAGCGAAGAUAGAGAACUUCAUCAGAACCAAGUAUGAGUCGAAGAGAUGGGUCAUGGACGGUCCAAUGCCCGAUCCGUCGACAUUGAGUGAUGGUGAUGAUGAUGUGCCCCUCGCAGUUGUUCAAGAAAAAGCCAAGCUUGAGCGCUCCGCAUCUCAGCGCGUGGCGACCACUAGUCAGCCUCCGGUUCAUCAUCGUCCUCAAGCUUCCAUCGACCUCUUCGGUGACGAUAUCUCUCCCCCGGCACGCCCCAGUACAACGGAGCCUGCCACUAGGGUGGCCCCUAAGCAACCACAGUCCGCGCCUCCUGCUAAGCCUGCCGCUCGCCCUGGAGAUUCGUUGUUGGGACUCGAUUUCUUUGGCAGCACUCAACCUGCUCCAGCUAGCCGUCCUGCCAGCAUUGCCUCCACCCCUACUGGUUCGGCCGGCAUGUCUCGACCUGACCUCAAGCAAUCCAUCCUAUCUCUUUACUCCAAGCCAUCGCCUGCCGCGAUGCAGCAUGAGCGUACCUCCUCUUUUGGAGAUUUAGCUUCUCCGCCGCCACAGUCUGCAUCGUCUUCCGGCUUUGGCGGUUUGACUGAUGCUUUCAGCGGGCUGAGCAUCCCCUCUACCACUUCUCCUCCGCCUACCAAGUCGGCCGAGAAGCCUUCGCCAUUUGCCAACCUCACAAACUUCGCCAGCAUGAAGUCAACCCCAGCAGCUCCGAAGGUCUCUUCACCAGCGCUCUCCAUCGGUACCGGUGGAGGCGGCAGCCUCUUUGACAGCCUCACCUCCCCUACUCUUCCACCAGCGAAGCCCCAGUCCCGGAACGCAUCUCUUUCGUCUAGUGGUUUUGACUCGGGAUUUGGCGGCUUUGCUUCCGCUGCUCACUCUAAGCCCAAUCCCCCAUCGUCCUCAUUCUCGAACGAUUUGCUCGGAUUCUCUUCUACGCCUUCCAAGGCUGCUACCUCUCCGCCUCCAGUGUCUGCCACCAAUCCGCAACAGGAAUUGAAGUCUGCAUUUAACCUUACACCCGCGCCCGCGCCCGCCCUAGCACCGAAACCGGCUUUCUCGACCCCAACGGCAUCCGUUGCUAGCGCGCUUCCUCCAUCCAGUAUUGAUCCUUGGGGAGGCAAUGCUUGGAGUACGCCUGCUUCUGCUCCAGCACCGUCAGCUGCAUCGUCGAUGAUGAAGAUCCCUGACACCCUUACUGCCAACGACGUCGGUGGUGGCUGGGGUGCGCCUACGUCGCCGGCCGCUAUCUCCAAGCCAACCCCAGCCGUUGCAGCUGAUGAGGACUUCGGCGGCUGGACCAGUGCGGCACCAAUUUCCUCGACUACCGCUACCUCUAAUAGCACACAUAAUACGUCCACUUCAUCCAAACCGGCUGGCGGGUUUGGCGGGGCUGACGAUCUGUUCUCCAACGUUUGGGAGUAG